GCUACUCGAACACCUUAGCUCACACCAGGUGUCCAGAAGCAACAAUGGCUGCACAGAACACGCCAUAUCACGGCAAUUGCCACUGCGGUCGUUAUCGCUUCGAGCUUAACGUUCCAGAGAUCAAGGAGGCGAUUGCAUGUACAUGUAGCCUUUGUACAAAGAAAGGUUACCUCUGGCUUAUACCCCCGCCUGACGCCUUCAAAGUGAUCAGGGACGACGGCCAGCUUACUGAAUACCGAUCUAGUGCAGCGCAGGAUAAGUUCUGUAAUUACUGCGGCACCGGCGUGGUUGGUGAACAUUUCGUUGGACCGUUGGGCGGCCAGUUCGCCGUCAACGUACGAGCUAUUCAGGAGAUCAACCCAUUCCAACUAGAACCAGCGAUCAAUAUAGUCGAAACAGAUGAUAACGAAAAGGCCUGGUCUAUCUCGACACCAUCAGAGCCGCGCCCAUCGCAUGUCGGCUCAUGCCAUUGCCAGAAAGUCCAAGUCCAGUUGAUGGUUCCAAUUUCGGAACUUGAGAUAAAGGAGGAUAACUGUAGUUCAUGUGUACGAACAGCAUACAUCGGAGUCUACCCCACCAGAGACCAGGUCAAAAUCCACGGAAGAGAGCAUACAUUUGAGUACCGAUACGGGAGUAAGUUCAGCGGCAGUACGUAUUGCUCGACUUGCGGAGUUCACGUGUUCACCAAUGUGUACGGGCCUCCCUUGUCCGUUUUCGACAAGGUACCUCUGGAGAGGCGCGAAUACGUGAUGUCGGUUUAUCGAGAAAAUAUGAAUAUGCAGCCGUUGAAUGUCAGAGCGCUCAACGCUGUUGAUUUGGGAUCCCUUCAGAUUAAAAGGACAGAUGAAGGGACAGAGGGCUACACACUUGACUCGUAGUGUUUGUAGAAUGAACUUGGAAAGUGUGUUAGCUUCAAUUUGGAUUUUUU